AUGAAUCAGUGGCGUCGCUUCCAGUUUUUCGAGGACCGUUCUCCGGUCGGGCCGCUAGCCGACGCGCUCGCGCAGGGCGUGCGGUGCGGCGCGGGAGGCCGAGGCCGACUAGCCGUUGGCACGGAGAGCGGCUCGGUUCUGUUGCUAGAUCGGUCGCUGCAGGUUCGGCGAAGCUUCGUGGCUCAUGAAGGUCCCGUGGCGUUUCUACACCUGUUCAAGCAACGCAGCUGUCUUUUGACAGUGGGCAAGGAGGCAAAAGGAGCAGCAGUGAUGCUGUGGGACCUGGACAAGGCUGCUGCUUCAGGUGGUUCUUCAGGUGCUUCAGGUGCAGCAACAGCGGAGGGAGGCGCACCGACGCUUUUACGGACCUAUAACAUCUUCUCAGACGCAUUUCCUGCUGCACAGAUCACAGCCUGUGCCAUUCGCGAGGCGCCACAGCUAGGCUACCUUCUGGCCGUUGGAUUGGCCACAGGAGCCGUUGAUGUGCUCCUAGCAGAUUCCUCCAUGCGGAUCAAACGGCUGAGAAUCCCCCCCAACAGCAGCCAGGGGCAAGGCGGGAUUGGGGGAGCAGGUGGAGUGGGGGGAGGAGCAGGAGGAGGAGAGGGGGCGGGGGAAGGCGGAGGAAGAGGGGGAAGGGGAGGAGAUGCGCUGGGUGCUGGGGAAGGGAGAGGAGGUAUAGCAGCAGCAGGACUAGGAGCAGGAGGGAGGAGUGAUCAUUCCCCAUCCUCCUCACCCCCUGCCCCUUAUGCCUCUACCUCUGCCUCUGCUUUGGCUUCAACUGCCGAAAAUCUCCCCCCCGUUGCAGUCACAGGGCUGGGGUUCAGGAUCCUGGAUUCGGGCCCACAGCUCUUUAUAGUCACGGGGGAGACAGUCACACUGUACACUCUUCCCAGUGGCAUGUUUGGGGCUGCAGCGGAGGGAGGGUGGGCGGGGAGGGGAGUAGGAGGGGGAGGGGGAGGAGGGUGGGGGGUUGUGCUGGAGGAGAGAGGAGGGGAUGUGUUUUGCUCUGCCAUGACUGAUACGCAGGACCUGGUGGUAGCACGACCAGAGGCCUUCUACUGUUUCAACGAGGAUGGGCCGGGGGCGUGCUUUGGGCUGGACGGACCCAAGCACCGCCUCCAUCCGCUCCCCCUUGUCCUUCCUCCUACAAUUCCUCACACACACAUUCUCUCUCCCCGCCCCUUCCCCCAUCAGGACCUGGUGGUGGCGCGUCCAGAGGCCUUCCACUGGUUCAACGAGGAUGGCCUGGGGGCGUGCUUUGGGCUGGGCCCCCUUCCUUGCAUCUCCUCUCCCACUCUCACGUUCAUCUCCUCGGUCUUCCCCCCUUCCCUCAAUCAGGACCUGGUGGUGGCGCGUCCAGAGGCCUUCCACUGGUUCAACGAGGAUGGCCUGGGGGCGUGCUUUGGGCUGGGCCCCCUUCCUUGCAUCUCCUCUCCCACUCUCACGUUCAUCUCCUCGGUCUUCCCCCCUUCCCUCGAUCAGGACCUGGUUGUGGCGCGUCCAGAGGCCUUCUACUGUUUCAACGAGGAUGGCCCGGGGGCGUGCUUUGGGCUGGACGGCCCCAAGCACCGCCUCGCCUGCCUGCGAGGCUACCUGCUCUGCCUGCACUCGCCGCCCUCCCCUGCUGCCUCUGCUGCCUCUGCUGCUGCUGGCCCGACAACAACUGGUGGUGGUGGCGGCAGCGGUGGCAGCGGCGGUGGGGAGUCUGGAAAGCAGCAGCACCAGCAGCAGCAGCACCACCAGCAGCACCAGCAGCACCAGCAGCAGCAGCACCACCACCAGCAGCAGCAGCAGCAGCAGCAGCAGCAGCAGCAGCAGCAGCAGAAAAUGGUACUCUCAGUAUAUGACACGCGCAACAAGCUGAUGGUGCACAGUGCGCCCCUCACCCCCGCCGCCUCUCUCCUCGCGCCCCUGCUGCUGCUGUGUGAGGGAGGCGCCGUGGUGCUCCUCUCCCUGCACCGGCGAGGAGAGGGAGGAGGAGGAGAUGCAGGCGGGGUAUCAGCAGCAGGGGGAGCAGGAGCCGGAGGAGGAGGCGGAACAGCAGCAGGAGGGGGUGGGGGAGGAGGGGGAGGGGGAGGGGGAGGAGGAGGAGGAGUGCAAGUGGAGGCGAGGGGGCUACUGCUGGUGGAGAGGGACAUGGCUUGGAAGCUAGAGGCACUCUUUCGAAAGGGGCUCUACUCGAGUGCGCUGGACCUGGUGGUGUCCCAGGGAGGGGAUGCUGCUGCCACGGCUGAAGUGCUCAGAAGAUAUGGGGAUCAUCUGUACGCAAAGCAGGACUAUGAAGAGGCAAUGGGGCAAUACGAGCGCACGAUCGGGCAGGUGGAGCCGUCAUACGUGAUUCAGCGCUACCUGCAUGCCCAGCGCUUGAGCUUGCUCGCGCGGUACUUGGAGCGGCUGCACGAUAAGGGGGUGGCCACACCGGACCACACGACCCUGCUCAUCAACUGCUUCUCCCGCCUCAAGGACGUCUCAAAACUAGAUGCAUUCGUUCGGGCCGGCUUCGAUGCUCCCUCCUCCAAUACCCACUCCAUCGAUCCAGCAACCGCAGCCACACCCAAGCCUUCGUCUGCCCCUUCCUCUGCCUCCACUCUCCCCCUCUCCCUCUCCCUCUCACUCCCUCACACCUCCUCUGCCUCCCCCACCCUCCCAUACGAUCCUGAUACGGUGAUUCAAGUCUGCUGUUCUGCCGGGUAUUACAACCAAGCUCUCUUCGUUGCACAGCGCGCCGCUAAGCAUUCCGCUUACUUAAAAAUCCUUGUGGAAGAUCUACACCGCUACGCCGACGGGCUUGCCUUUAUUUCUGCCCUUGCCGACCAGGCGAAAAUUGUUUCGGCUGCCCGGGAAUACGGGCCGGUGCUAGCGGCUCACCUGCCCGAGGAAACUAUUUCCUUGUUCUUAGAGCUUUGCACAGGAUUCGGCAGCAGCAGUGACGGAGGAGGGGGUGUGGGAGCCGGGACUGUCUCAACAGGUGGUGGGGAAGGUUCAGGGGGAACUGGAGCAGGACCCUCUCGCUUUAGGGAUAACAGAGAAUCUGCCUCUCCUCGACCCAGCCCUGGUGCCUCUUCAGGUGCUGCUGCUGCUGUUGAUGCAGCUGCAGGCACAGCCGGAGGUCCAGCAGGGGCAGUUGCUCCGGUUACCAUUCCCCCUCGCUCUUCCAGCUUUCGAAAGUCACUUGUUUCCGGCUCGGGCAGGCUCAUGGGCAGCCCGGGCAGUUCGGGUAGCGGCAGCGCUGGGCCAAAAAUCCGCAUCACGGACCUCUGGCAGCAGCAAAAAUACCUGUCACCAAUGGAGUUAGCCCCAGUGUUUGUGGACCAACCGCGAUGCCUGAUGAAGUUCCUAGAGGCCUAUGUAGACAGGGUUAUAGACUCACCAUGGCAUAAAGACGUCCUUAACUCACUCCUCGAGUUAUACCUUUGCUACGAGACCUCGGCCGUCCUCCCAUCGUCCUCCUCCCUCCCGUCGGAUUCUCUUUCCUCGCCUGAUUCUGAGCUCCCAAGCUUUGAGUCGGUUCUGAAAGCUGCUGCUGCCGCCGCCACUGGUGCUGCUGAUUCUGCUUGCGGUGAUAGCAUGGGCAGCUCGUUUCUUUCGGGGGAUUCUGCCCGGACGGAUCCUGUGCGGUGGGCAGAACGAAGGAUGCUUCUCGGGCAGCAAAAAGAGAGAGAAGCAGCCAGCAGCAACAGCAGCAGCAGUAGUGCUGCUAUCAGUACCUCUUUCAUCCCCCCUUCUCCCAGCUCACUCACUUCUCCUCCUCCUCCUGCUGCUGCUGCUGCUGCUACUGCUUCUGGAACAGGAGCGAGUGGGGAGGGAGGUGGUGGAAGGGGAGGUAUUGUGUCUCCCAUAAGUGCAGAGGGUAAUGACCGGGCAGCUUGCUUGGCCAAGGCGGGCGCGUUGCUGCGAGCCUAUUGGCAGCAGCAGUCGGCUCCUCGUUACGACGCUGACCUGGCGCUGCUGACGUGUCAGUCUUUAAAGUCGCCGCUCUCCAAACUCGUCUCUCUGUUCCCUCUUCCUCCCAUCCGUCCAUUCCCCUUCCCAGGUGCAUGGCUUCAGGGAGGGGCUCCUCUUUCUGUGCGAAAGAAUGCGGCUGUUCAAGGAAGCUCACUCACUCACCCUCAUUCCGUCUCCUCCCCAUUCCCCCAAUUCACCCCUCCCAAUCCCGUCCCAGGAGCAUGGUUUCAGGGAUGGGCUCCUCUUUUGAGUCGACUCAAAAUUCAGCAUGGUUUCAGGGAUAUGCUCCUCUUUCUGUACGAGAGAAUGCAGCUGUUCAAGGAAGCCCUGGCGAUGCACAUGAGUGGGGGGGGUGCUGCAUGCAAUGCAGGGGAAGGUGCCCUCCCAUGUCCCUCAUCCCCUCCUCCCCUCUACUGCACGCUCUCUCCCCUCCCAGGUGCACGGCUUCAAGGAUGGGCUCCUCUUUCUGUACGAGAGAAUGCGGCUCUUCAAAGAGGCCCUGGCGAUGCACAGCCUUUACCCCCCUCCAUCCCCUACUUCCCCCUGCUUCCCAGAGACGGGCUCCUCUUUCUGUACGAGAGAAUGUGGCUGUUCAAAGAGGCCCUAGCGAUGCACAUGAGGGAGGGCGACAGCAAGGCGCUCAUUGCUGCGUGCAAGCGCCUGGGGGAUGCGGGGAGAGGGGGAGACGGGUUAAUAUUUCUGUAUGAGCGAAUGCGGCUGUUCAAAGAAGCCCUGGCGAUGCACAUGCGGGAGGGCGACAGCAAGGGGCUGAUUGCUGCGUGCAAGCGUCUGGGGGACGCGGGGAGGGGGGGGGAUCCGAGUGUGUGGGCGGAUGUGGUUAGGUACCUGGGGGAACGGGGGGAGGCGUGUGGGGAGGAGGUGGCGGAGGUGUUGAGUGCGGUGGAGAGGGGCAACCUGCUGCCGCCGCUGCUGGUGUUGCAGACGCUCUCGCGCAACCCGCACAUAACGGUGGGAGAGAUUCGGGACUAUGUGUCGCGGCACUUGCAGCAGGAGGCAGCCAUUAUUGAGGAGGACUGGCGGGCGAUUGAGAAAUACCAGCACGAGACUGACAAGUAUAGGAAAGAGCUGCACCAGCUUCUGACCGAACCUCUCGUCUUCCAGUCCUCCCGCUGUGCUGAGUGCAACUCGUCGCUCGACCUCCCGGCCGUCCACUUCUUUUGUCUGCAUGCGUUCCACCUGCGCUGUCUCGCCGACCCAACCACGGCUGUAGCGGCCGCUGCUGCCGCCUCAAUGGCAGGUGACGUGGGGGGGGUGAGUGGCGGUGGCGGGAUGAUGGGAGGAGGCGUGGGAGGGGUUGGGUAUGGCGAGGCAAGAAGGGGGGGGUAUGGAGGAGGGAUGGGAGCAGUAGAUGGAGAGGGAGGAGAGGAAGGAGAGGGAGAGGAGGGGGGAAUGGAGUGUCCAAAGUGUGCCGCCUCCUACAGAAUGGUGAGGGAGAUGCGGGUGGGGCUGAGGCAGAGUGCGGCGGACCAUGACCGCUUCUUCCAGGAGCUGCACGACGCCCGCGACGGCUUUGGCGUCGUUGCUCUCUACUUUGGCCGUGGCCUCGUGCACGCAGGAGAAAGCAGCAUGGAAGGCGCCUUGUAG